AUGUUAGGUCGCAUGGGUAUGUCGACUGAGGAAGCCAUCAACGCAUACGAAAGUUUUGCAAAGGACGUUUUUCGAAAGAAGAACCGCAGGCGGUGGUGGAACAGAACUUAUAAAGAGGAAACACUCGUUAAGAUCAUACAAGACAAUGUAACCAAGAAGAAGCUCGCAAAGACCACGAUGCUCGACGACACGAGGGAAAGGGGGCUCGCUUUUGUCUGCGCAGCCACAUAUGACGCCUACGAAGCCUACCUCUUCCGAACGUACAAAGGGAGCAGCAACUGCGCUCACAAUGCGGAAAUUUGGGAGGCGGCAAGGGCAACAUCAGCGGCACCGACAUUUUUCCACCCAAUCUCCAUCGAAGUCGAGGCGGAGAGGGACCAGUACGUCGACGGUGCCGUGACCUGCAACAACCCGGCUCGCCUUGUGUUGAGUGAAGCCGAGUCCUACUUCGGUCCGAGGAGGACGUUGGGCUUUCUUCUCAGCUUGGGCACCGGACUGAAAGUCUCCGAUAAAAAAGUCAAUGUAGUCCCUCAAGGGCAGCUUGUAGAUCGUCCAGUCGUGGCCAGGCAAGGCAGCGGCGCACUCUUCUCAAGAGGCACGAUAAAGAUUCUCAAGCAUGCCAAAGCAUCGCUGACUGAUUCCGAGCCUGAGCACCAAGCCCUAGAGCAACGGUUCCAGAAAACACACUACGCAUAUUGGCGGUUGAAUUUGGACCGGGGUGCUGCAGAUAUCAAGCUGAAUGAAUAUAAGAAAAUGGGGCUGUUGCGGGCGGCAACGGAGAGGUACUUACAAGACAUUGAAGUCUCUACCAACAUCGACAAGAUCGUCAGCAUGUUGCACAAGAAGGAGGGCGUCGACCUAUCUCUUGAUGCCGCAUGUCAUGCAGUUUCUGACGCAGCCUCGAAGCAAGCCCUUCAGCAAGAGGUUCAGAUCAACAGUAUUGCAAGCCCGCAAUUCACUGGCAGAUUAGACAUACUCAACAAGAUGGAACGACACUUUUACGAACGCCCUUCCGGAUCGUCGCCUAGAAGACACCUCCGAAUUUGGGGCAUGGGAGGAGUCGGGAAGACGCAGAUUGUCCUCAGAUUUAGAGACUUGUACGGGUCGAGAUUUGAUCGGGUGUUUUGGAUUAACGCCGCCACGCAAGAUUCUAUCUUUGAGAGCUUCAGAUUGUUAACAGCUGAGAUUUUUGACGAAGAAGCUAGCAGGCCUAGCAUCAAGAGAGUCCAGAAUUGGUUGGCGCAAAAUCAAACUGAAGAGUGGCUUCUUGUCUUCGACAACAACGACACAAUCGACGUGAGCAACUAUCUCCCUCCGGGAAACACUGGAAAUAUCCUUUUCACCAGCAGACGGAAAGACAUGUCACCAACUUUAGACGCCGAUCAGACAUUCCCGGUCGAUAUUAUGGAUGCAGAGGAUGCAAUCACCCUAUUCCUUCGCGCCUCAAAAAGACAAAACACAAGUUUCGGAGAUGAUGAAGACAGACACGGAAGAGCAAUCGUUCAUGAGCUUGGAUAUCUCCCGUUGGCCAUCGAUCAGGCCGGUUCCUAUAUUUAUAACCAGGAGUGUUCAUUCGAAAAGUAUCUCGUCACUUUCCGAAAACGCCGAAAAGAUAUUUUAGGGGACCCUUUGUACCCGGGAGUCUUCAGGUCCAAUCCCGCUGUUUACGGUACAUUUGAGCUCUCGUAUGUGGCAUUGGAAGAGCAGUCACGAAACAACGAUGCCCUAGGCCGGGCUGCCUUGAAUGCCCUUCGCAUUCUCAACAUCUUCUGCUUCUACCACAACGAGAAUAUAACAACAUAUAUUCUCAGUCGAGCAGCCGUCAACGCAAGGCUGGACACCACUUUCAUAAGGGGCGAAGAGGGCAGCAUUGCGCCACUUCCAUUGAUAGACCUUACGGAAGAAGGUGACUGGGAUUCGACGAACUUCACCAACGGGGUUGCUACCUUGAGAAGUUACUCUUUGAUCAAGAAGUCUCUCAUGAACGAGGAAUGGUACUCUAUGCAUGUUUUGGUGCAUUCUUGGGCUAGAGACCGAAUGAAGCCGGAAGUACUGGUCUUCCAACGCAGAGCAGCCCGCGAGGUUCUCUUCUUUUCCGUCGCGAGAAGCAAACGCCUCAUUGAAGAGCUCUUUGCCAGCCAAGUGCUGCCACAUUUGCAGACAUGUCUCGACCACGGUGGCCCGGAGCAUAUUGAAUGGAUGAGACGCACAGAGCAGGAAGGUAAGUUCGCGCAAACGCUUGCGCACCUGGGCCUUUGGGACAAGGCCACUGCAGUCUGCGAACAGAUCGUUGCCGAAAGGCAAGAAAAAAUGGACCACAAGGAUAUGGGACAUAUAGCAGGCUUGUGGGAUUUGGCUAGAAUGUAUCGUCAUUCUGGCAGGCUACGAGAGUCUGAGAGUGUUUAUUUUGCGAUCUCAUUACUCACUGAAGAAUGCCCUGAGGGAUCCGAAGCCAGGAAGCGGCAUUUCAGCAUCGUAUUCGACUGGAUAGAGGUGCUUCUUAUCCAAGCAAGAUACUUGCAAGUCAGAACAUUCCUAGAAAUCAUGAUGGAAGUGGUGGAGCCAUGGGGCUGGGGAUCAAGAUGGUACCGCUCCGGCUUCGCAGCGCUAGCAACUCUCCUUCGAAUGGAGGGCGACUCGGAGACGGCUCUCGCCAUGGAGAUCGAAAUAUAUAACUACUUCAUCGCCAAGAUCGAACCGGGUCACCGCAAGAUGAUGGCCUCAAUGAACAACCUUGCAGCGCUGCAAUCGGACUUGGGGAUGCAUGAUGUGGCGUACCAACUCUGGCGUCAUUUCCUGAGCAAUCAAGAACGCGCGAGAGGCAAGGAGAACCCCAUGACCCUGCAGGCGAAGCGAAACGUCGCCAUGGGUUGUGCGAAUCUGAACAGGCUUGAGGAGGCAGAGGAAAUCUUACGCGAGGUUCUGGAGGUGAGCGAGAGGGUUCUUUGGAGGACGCACCUUGAUACGCUGGCAACGAUGGAUCAGCUAGCGGGUGUAUUGGCUCGGCGCAAUGAGGUGGAGGAGGCCAUUCGGCUUUGGGAGGAGUGCCUCGAGAGUUGGGCGGGCAAUCUUGACGAUCAGCAUCCUCUCAUAAUGAGGACGACGCGCGUGAUGAAGAGAAUAAGAGAUGAUGAUGCGGGCCUCGUGCAAGAGGAUUUCCAGCCGGGUGGAAUCAUGCGCACUGAGGGACCCGAAUUUGUAUUUCAUGAGGACGAGCGGUCAUCAACCACACCUAUACUCAAAGCGAUCGCUGCUAAGAGUUUACUGUCGAGGAGAGAGGGCAAUGCGAAAUCAGGGCCAUAG